AUGGUUCUAGCUACAAUAGCAAUCUGUAGUUAUCCCGCUUGUGAUUUCUAUCGUGCUCGAGGAGGUCUCAACAACGGAACUAAAAAAAAUGCGAAAAGCGUCGAUGCUCUACCUAAAACGGGGCUUAGUAAUAACGAUAUAUCAGAUCUACAAGUUGAAGCCACAUCAAACAAGAACCGAGUUUCGCCUCGCACUAUCUCUGGUGCGACUAGGGACAAUGUAAAGAACUGGACUAAAAUGAUCAUGACAGCCCAUGAAACCCACGGCGUUCAAAGUAGUCGUAUAGGCGACUCUCCGCUCGGCUGUAUUUCUGAGAGAGGUGAUCGUAUCUCUAGAUACACUCAAAGAGAAUUUGUGGUUAAUGGCGCAAGAACUCUUUGCUCAUUUGUGUUUACCCCAUUAGUUCGGCGUCUCACACGAGAUACGAUCGCCUACAAAGCAAAUUCGAGUUGUAAGAGGUCCAAACCGUUGUUAACUCUCGGUACGAUCACCGAGGAACCUGAGAUCAACCUUGCUGAAAAAGAUGUUAUUCCUUGUAACAAAGUUGAGACGCCGGUUGCUUCUAAAAUACUUUUCACAAUCCUUGAGGAAGAUGAGGAUACGGACGAAUGA